AUGGAAAACUAAGGUAAUAGAUACAAAAAUAAUAAGAGUGAAAUUGUAGAAAGUGUUACCAUUUGUUUGUGUUUAAUUAUAUUAAAAUACAUAAAAAUGAAUCGACUAUUCAUUGGUACGCUUUGUGUACUAUUAGGUAUAUCAGCCAAAGAAUCCUACAGGUUGUCAAAUAACCUCGACAUUAUACACUACGAUAUAUUUUUAUCCGAUUUUGACUUGAACUCGAAUAAUUUUACGGGAAUCGUAAAGAUCGACUUAAAUCUUAGAAAUGGCACCAUACAAAUACAUACCGAUAAAUCCAUAAAAAUCAACGAGGAAACGUUAGAAUUUAAAGACACCCCAUGUAAAAUACAAAAAUUUAACGAAACAACACAAAUAGUUACGUUAGAUUGUGAAAAGUCGUCCGGAAAAGGAACUUUGUACAUUGAAUAUAACGCUACAAUCGUGGAUACAGAAAUGAGUGGGCUUUAUAAAAGUACAUAUGAAGGAAAUGGGACUUUAAUAGCAACUCAAUUCGAACCCACUAAUGCCAGAAAGGCUUUUCCUUGUUUUGACGAACCAAGUUUAAAGGCUACAUUCCAGAUCACAGUGGGUCUACUAAAAGGUUCGCAGUAUAAACCUUUGUCCAACACACCAUUAGCAGAGACUCUAGACGAUGGAGAUUUCACUUCCUACGUUUUUACACGCACCCCUCGCAUGUCUACAUACCUUGUAGCGUUAGUCAUUUCAAAAUUUUCAAGUAAAUCCCCCACAGAUUCCGGAAAAUACGACUUUCAAGUUUACGCUCGCCCAGAAGCUUUAAAAUACACCAAAACAGCUGUAACCUACGGAAGAAAACUGAUAGACGCGAUGGGCGAAUACACAGGCUACCCCUACGAAACCCUUGGCAUAGCCAAGCUGGAUCAAGUUGGUAUUCCGGAUUUUGCUGCGGGGGCCAUGGAAAAUUGGGGAUUGCUCACGUACAGGGAAACGGCUUUAUUGGACGAAGGUGAUCGCACCUCAGUCUUGGCUAAACAAAAAGUUAUAACUGUUACUGCCCAUGAAAUUGCCCAUCAAUGGUUUGGCGAUUAUGUCACUAUGAAUUGGUGGUCGGAAACUUGGUUGAACGAAGGUUUUGCAACGUAUUUCGAAUAUCAUAUUGCCAACCUCAUAGGCGAAAAUAUGGAACUUGAUAAACAAUUCUUACUGCAGUUUGUUCAAUAUGCAAUGAUAUAUGAUUCAACACCAUCAGUUCAAGCUAUGUUUACUGAUGAGUCUAAAGUAAACACAUUGGCUGAAAUAAAUGAUAAAUUUACAGACAUAUCAUACUCUAAAGGAGGAAGUGUUCUAAGAAUGAUAAGAUUUACAAUUGGAGAAGAUGCUUUUAAAAAGUCUCUUAAUUCCUAUCUUACAAGUCGAAAACACAAAAAUACCAAUCACACGCAAUUUUUAAACCAUUUAGGAGACACCAAAGAUCAUUGGUUAUCCUGGAUAGAACAGCCAGGAUUUCCUCUUAUAACUGUGUCUUUAAAGAAUAAAACAGGAAAAAUUGAAAUUUCACAAUCAAGAUUUACCACAAUUCCUUCAAAAGACGAUGAAAAACUCAUAUGGGAUAUUCCCAUUACGUAUACCACAUCAUUAAAAGCACAAUUUGAAGUAAAGCCAAAUGAAGUACAAUGGUUGACCAAAAAAUCGGAUACUUUUAAUUUUGAUUUAAAGAAUGAUACUUGGGUAAUAGUGAAUCUUCAAGAAAGUGGAUAUUACAGAGUAAACUAUGAUGAAGUACUUUGGAAUCGCAUAAUAGCAGCGUUAAAGAAAAAUCCUGAAGUUAUCAACGAAUUAAAUAGAGCCCAAAUAAUUGAUGAUAUUUUUAAUUUAGCCAGAAAUGGAUUUGUUUCAUAUAACAAAGCAUUUGAAAUGAUUGAUUAUCUGGUCAAAGAAACUUCUUAUUAUCCAUUAAAUGCAGCAAGCGAAGUGAUUGGAUAUUUGAUUACAAAAGUGGGAAAUGAAGGUGUAAUAAAAGGAAUAAAGAGUCGUAUGUUAACAUUACUAAAACCACAUAUUGAAAUACCGACUGAUGUAGCACCAAAUAGAAAAAAUCUUACACAUGUUCAAGUUAUAAAAGAAAUAUUGUUACUUCAAUUAGCUUGUAUCUACGGGGAUAACAAAUGUCUGGACUAUUCUCAGAAAUACUUUAAAGCGUAUAUUAAAGACCGCAAAAGUGUCGAUACAAACUUCCGAAAAAACGCCCUAUGUCACGGUAUACGCUAUUCUACUGAGAGUUCAGAUUGGAAUAGCUUAUGGUCUAUGUAUGGUUCUGCUGAGACCUCACAUGAAAAAGAAAGUAUUCUAUCUGCUUUGGGUUGCACUAAGAGUGCACGAGUUUUAGAAAAAUUCCUUAUUAAAAGUAUAAUGCCAAAUUCGGGAAUAAGAAAACAAGACGCUUCUUCAGUGUUUCAAUCUGUAUUGGGAGAUGGUUCAGUUGGGUUAUCUGUGGCAAUGAAAUUUUUGGAGAAUAAUAUGAAUGACAUUAAAAAAUACUAUAAAGAUAUGAGUGCAUUGGGAGAUAUGAUAACCAGUGUAGCUUACAAAAUAACAACUAAGGCAAAUGUUGACAGGCUCGCAAAAAUAAUAAACGACAACAUAAAAGUUGAUGAGAUUAAAGUGGUAAGUAAGCAAGCUUUGGAAAUAGCAAAUGCAAAUGUGAAAUGGACUAAUGAACAUUUGGGACAACUAUUGGAAAUUUUUCCAUCGACAACUGAUGCUUCCAACAAAAUUUUGGUUUCUUGGAAUUUAUUAAUUAUAUCUGUUAUAGUUUUAGUUUUUAAGUUUUAA